UUAAGUGCGUUACUAUUUUUAAAUUUUCAGAGCAAAAUCUGAAAUCACUUUGCAUAGUUCUAGGAUAAAUCUGAAACAAAGCCCUAGCAUCACUGUAUCGGUCGGCACGAUACAUAGCACCGAUGAUAGCAUUACACGUGAAUACAGUCGACCGUGUGUUUGAGAAAACGACGUGACGAGCAACGACAGUUGCGGAUUCCAAAUCCCCGAUGCGAAUAAUAGACUAUAAGGCGAUUGUGAAGGCUAAGCCGGUGGGCGCUCAGUGCCGACGUGGUGUCGGGAAGGCGGGAACGAGGGUUGUUAGGUGAAGGCGGUCCCCUCGGGAGUGGAUCACGACAGAGGGCGUUGAUUGGUGGUUCAAUACGGAGGCGGCGCUUGCGACGGCGGCGUUCGGCAUUGGUUUCUUCGGCUGAGAAAAAUAUGUAUGAUCGCUGAGGGAGAAGGAAGUCGGGGUUUUGAGGAGGUGGUGGUUGUGGUGUUGGGUGAGGAUGAACGGAUAAUGUGAUUUGAAUUCUGACAGCGGCGGAGGAACGACGGAGAGAGCGGAGGAGGAUGCCAUAGAGAGGGGGAAGAGUGGCAGUGGUCUUGGGCUGGCCCUUUAAUUAGUUUUAGGUUAUUAAUUGUAUGAUUUAUUUUGUGGCUACCUAUUGUCAUUAAUUUUUCCCGGAUAGUUACAAAUGAAGUUUGCUCUUGUGCAUUCGCCCUCCACCUUCUUGUUUAUGGCCCACUUGAAGUCGGUCCAAGAAGUAGUAGCAUGGCCCCAUGUCUGAGAGGUCCAAUGGACGGCCAGUGAGUCCCGUAAAACCAAAAAGUAUAUAACGACGUCGUUGACAGACUCUGGAAGUAGCUACCAUCCAUCCACGUGUUCCCCUGCUUAAGUGAUCUUUUGUCUUUGCUGCCUUGUUUUGUCUUCAAUACAAUUACGAUUUAAUCUUUUCGAUCCUCUCUCUACAUUCACUAGACUAGAUUCCCCAUUCUUAGCCUGUUAUUCUUAAUACCGUCAUUACUGAUUCCAGUUAAGCAGUUGCACUUUUUGAAUUUUCAUCAGCACAUUUUCUCGAGUUUUCAGUGGGUUACAAGUGGAAAAUAGGGUAGUCUUUUAGAAUGUAACUGGUUGUUGAGGCUGUUCCAAUCAUGGAGAAUCCGUUGGAGAAUCUUGGGUCAAAACACCUAAUAAAGAAGCAUGAAUUUGUGAGGAUCAUUAUUCAGUGUCUCUAUUCUUUAGGCUACAGAAAGUCUGCUGUUUCUUUGGAAUCAGAAUCUGGGAUUGCCUACAAAUCUGAUGAACUUGAGUCCCUCGAGUCGCAUAUUCUUGAUGCUAAUUGGGAUGCGUGUAUUGACUGCCUUAAUAGACUUAAUGGCUUGACCAAUGAGACAAGAGCGUCGGCUUUGUUUCUUGUUCUCAAACAGUGUUUGUUAGAGUAUUUGAAUCGUGGGGACGACUCUUCAGCUUUGGAAAUCUUACAGAAACAGAUAUCUGGUUUACAAGUGGCGAAAGAGAAGGUUCAUAAGCUUGCUUUUGGAUUUCUCUCCUUGAAGGAGUUGGGGUUGGGUAAGGUAGAUCUUGAUGUUAUUUCUAAUUUGCGAAAUUUUUUGCUGAUGGAACUUGAAAAAGUACUGCCGCCACCCAUUACAUUGCCCGAACGAAGAUUAGAGUACUUGGUUGAAAUGGCUGUAUGGUCGAAGAUAGAUAACUGUGUGUAUCAUAAUUCAGUUGAUGCAAUUUCACUCUACGAAGAUCACCAUUGUGAUGGAAGUCAGUUUCCAACAAAGACCACUCAGAUUCUGACUAACCACAGGAAUGAAGUCUGGUAUGUGCAGUUCUCGAACAAUGGAAACUACUUGGCAUCAUCAUCAAGUGACUGCACGGCCAUCAUAUGGAAGGUACUGGAUGAUGGGAACCUGACCCAGAGACAUGUGCUGCAGAGCCACAAAAAGCCAGUUUCUUUUGUAGCAUGGAGCCCUGAUGAUACAAUGUUGCUAACCUGCGGGAACAUGGAAGUGCUCAAGCUCUGGGACGUGGAAACAGCUCAGACCCUGAAAAAGGCAUAUACAUGUGGGACUGUGAGGGUAAGGAGAUCAAAUCGUGGAGAGGGCUGCGGAUGCCGAAGGUUUUAGAUCUUGCUGUUACACCUGAUGGAGAAAAACUUAUCAG